UCUUUUGUAUUUGGUAUGAGCUAACAGCUGUCAACUAAAACAAUGAUUCAUAUUAGUUAAAAUUCCACAAAACAAUCACUACUGCGAAAUUAAACAAUUUGUGCAAGAUAAAAUCGAAAUUUUAUCUCAGCAAACAGCGAACCAUACUUUAACUUGUGCAGCCUUAUCUCUACUCUUCAUUUUGUAUAUAAGCCACCAAACUGGGUAACGAAAUGUCCACUUCGUCUAUGGAAAAACAUCUUUUCAAUCUAAAAUUUGCUGUGAAAGAGCUGGAGCGCAACUCAAAGAAAUGCGAAAAAGAGGAGAAACUCGAAAAGGCAAAAGCCAAGAAGGCCAUACAGAAGGGUAACAUGGAUGUGGCGCGUAUUCAUGCAGAAAAUGCAAUACGACAGAAAAAUCAAGCUGUUAACUAUUUACGUAUGAGCGCACGUGUAGACGCAGUUGCAAGUCGGGUACAAUCCGCGUUGACUACACGAAAAGUUACCAGCUCAAUGGCUGGCGUGGUCAAAGCAAUGGAUGCUGCCAUGAAAGGUAUGAACUUAGAAAAAAUCUCUUCGCUCAUGGAGAAGUUCGAACAACAAUUUGAAGAUUUAGAUGUACAGAGUUCGGUAAUGGAGAAUACCAUGUCUGAUACGACUACAACGUCGGUGCCACAAGGCGAUGUCGACAACUUAUUACAACAAGUGGCCGAUGAAGCUGGCUUGGAGCUCAAUAUGGAAUUACCUAGUGGUGUACAGAGUUCAACUAUUGGUGCAUCUACACAAGUUUCACAAGAGCAAGACGAACUAACUCAGCGACUGGCACGAUUGAGGCAAGCCGAAUAGAUUUGGUGCAUUUAUGAUUUCAGAUUUUCAAUCUGGUAUUAGUGGGGUUAACGAAAAACAGUUUUUAUAUAUCAUUUAUGUUGCGCGCUUUAUUUUCAUAUGCUCCAUGUUGGGCGAAUGUGUUGUACAUGAAAUCUGCUUCAUAAGUUUAAAAAUCAAUAGAAAUUACCCAGAUAUUUAGGAUAAUUCA